UUUUGCCAUUUUCGAGAGAGAUCAGAACAUGUAACAAGAAACGCCAAUCGUGAAAAAAACCCAGACGGUACACAGUUUCACUGAACUGAUUUUUGUUUGGUUCCGGCUUGACUUUCAGGUUCGAUGAAUCCUCAAACUAGCCAUGGGCAUUCAUGGAAACAGAAUGUAGUGUCUGUCCUAUAGGAACACAUAGCACACUACGUUUAUGGGGGUUCAGUAGGCCUUAUAAACGUAAACCUUCGGUCAAACUAAAGGAUAAGGAUUAGGGGAAGAGUGGAAUACAAUUUCUAUAUUGUUUAAUUCCCACUCGAAAGGACGGCUUAACCCUUACAACCAACCAUCUUGACCAUUGGACUGCCAAUCUGACCAACGCUUCUGAACGCUGCUGUUAACGCUAAAUAAAUAGUUUAUGGUUGUUUCUUUGUACUACUCAGGUUAUCUUUUGUUUGCGAAAAGCAGAUAUAGACAGUUAUAAGUUAUUUGUUUUGUUUCUAUUGUUUGAUCAAUGGAGAGUCUCGCUUAGUAUUGUAUUAAAUUAUUGAUUGAAAAGUUUGAAGAGUGUGGUGGCGUGAAUUUUGAUAUAUUGACUGCUACCGUUUCAGUAUUGUUUUACUCGUUUAUAAAUUGUAAAUCACACUCGGCGUUACAAUGACAAGUAACGACAAAGAUAGUUCCAUGAAUGUGUUAGGUCCAUCAUUAACGCUAUCCAGCUCUGACCAUUUAACCGCAAAUCUGGAAAAUCUGAGUUUGUCCAGUUCCCUCGGUACUCCAGCGGAUAUACCCGACUUUGUACAUCUCGACCCCUCAUGUUACUGUGUUCAUUGUAAGAACGUAGUAAGAGAAGCAUUACAACUUGUAUGUGGCCAUCACGUGUGCAGCCAUUGUCUGGAUCCCCUGUUUGGUGACCAAGAAGUUAAAGAGUGCUCCGUGGACGAUUGCGUAGACCAGAUAAGCAAAGUUGAGGUCUUCCCAGACGCUUUCAAACGACGAGAAGUUUUGAACCAGAAGGUAUUCUGUACCUUUAAGAGCCGUGGUUGUGACGCUAUAGUGACAUGGAAAGAUCUCAAGAAUCACAUAAUCCGUUGCGAGUUCGCCUUGAUUCGAUGUCGUCGAGCACUAGAAGGAUGUCAAGAGUUGCUGUCCAGAGAUCAAUACGACGUUCACAUCAACGGGAAGUGUGAUUUCCUACCCGUCACAUGUAACAAUUGUAAAAAUAUCACCCUCAAGGGAAGAUUCCAAAUGCACCUCAAUAACGACUGUCCAAAAGUCAUGAUAAGUUGUCCAUAUCAGUGCGGAGCGCCGAAAUUUCUCCGAGAACAACUGGGAGCUCAUGCCGAACUGUGCCCGAAUAAGCCAUCUCUCUGCUCAUUUUCUUGUAUUGGAUGUGCAUUUAAGGGAGCGCCGUUGGAGGUAAAACAACACGAGAAGAAUGACCUGGCAUCCCAUUUACUACUGUUAUCCAAAUAUACAUCAACUAUGGAACGCCAGAAUGCGGAUAUCCUUACGGAAUUAAGCGAUCUCAAAGAAGAGAAGGAGAAAUGGCAGCAGCAGGCCCUCGACUUGGAGGACAAAUUACAUUUCCUUAAAAAGGAAAAUGUGGCUUCAAAGAAAUCAGGAAACGAACUUAAGCUUCUGAUUGCGUCCCACGGAGAGCGAGUGAUUAACCUGGACAGGAAGUUAGAGGAUAAAGCAGCAAAAUCGGUCGCAGACAAUCUUGUCCGAGACGUGACUGCCAUCAAAGAGACUAACCAAGCUCUGAGUGCUAGAGUAACGAACCUGGAGAGGGCAGGACCGAUUGUAGGAAUUGGAGAAAUGAUGGGACCAGCUCAACUGAACAGUAAACUGAAACAUUUGGAUAAACAGUCCACUCUGCACGACGUCAGACUUGCGGAACUUGAUCUCCGAUUUCAAAUCCUUGAGACAGCAAAUUACGAAGGAAUUCUGAUGUGGAAAAUCCGAGAUUACACACGGAGGCGACAGGAAGCCGUUAAUGGUAGAACUUUAUCGUUAUUCAGUCAGCCUUUCUACACCGGUCGUCAUGGAUACAAAAUGUGUGGACGCGUCUACCUGAACGGAGACGGCAUGGGAAAGGAAACGCAUCUAUCCUUCUUCUUUGUCCUGAUGAAGGGUGACUACGAUGCUCUGUUGCCCUGGCCAUUUAAACAGCGAGUGUCGUUGAUGUUGAAAGAUCAAGACACCAGGACCCAGGACCUUUGCGACACGUUUACCCCAAACGCGGCUAGCAACAGUUUCAAGAAACCAGAGACCGAAAUGAACGUAGCAUCUGGUGUCCCAAAGUUCAUAGCCCACAAUCGUCUGGAAAUGCCAGCGUAUCUGCAGGAUGACACCAUUUACCUGAUGAUCAAAGUGGACAUAUCUAAUCUACCGAAUCAUCCAAAUCCGUGACAUCAACAACAUGGGUCAUAGGUGGUGGGCACGUCUAUCAAAAAAAAAAUUGAAUAUAUAAAAUCUAGUUUUAUAUAUUCAAUUAUUAUUAUUUUGAUAGACGUGCCCACCACCUAUGGCUCCCCAGGUUUAUUCACACCACUAAUCUACCGAAUCAUUCAAACCCGUGACAUCAAUAACAUGGGUAGCAGUGCUCUCCAGGAUGAUUCACACCACUAAUCUACCGAUUCAUUCAAACCCGUGACAUCAAUAACAUGGGUAGCAGUGCUCUCCAGAGGGAUCUACACCCAUUACAGUAGCAUCGGUUCUAACACCUACUUUGUUAAUACAACGGACAUGGAUGUUCUUGUGAGUCAGUCCCAUAGUCACAAGCAUAAGGCAAAACAGAACAGGAUAAUCGCCUUGUCAUCAAAUCAAUCAUCAGGUUACAGCGGUUUACACUUCUGUUGAUGAAAAUGGGAUAACUGUAUCUUAAUACAAUCUGGAAUCAUUAAAAGCGAAUCAUUUUGAAUCGUACAAUUAUUCUAAACAGUGUGACAAAUGUGGUUUAGUCUGAUUAAGCUGGGAAACAAAUUUGGUUAAAAUUUAAUAUCGAUUUCCCCAGUAAACAUAAUCAGAAUACAAUGUGAAAUGGGUCUGUGAUGAUCCAGUUUCCAACAAGAUGAACUCGGAACAUGGAAUAGUUAAUUAUAAAAUUCCAGGUGUGAAUGUGUUUCUAAGUGAUCAUUUAGAAACAUCGGGGUCAGAACCGACCUUUUUGUGGUUACUAGUUCACUCUUUACACAAGAGCUGAUUUCUUGUGUACAUGGACGAUUAAAGAAUUAAAAGAAGUAAUUAAUGACAUACUUCAGUGGAAUCAACUAUGUGUUGUUCAAUGGGUCGAUAGUUUGAUUUGACUUAAUACAUGGGCUGUUGCAAAGGCUACCCAAUAAGCAUGAUGUUAUAUACGAGUAGUAUUCUUCAUUUUUUCGAUUUGCAUACUUUUGUUUAAUGUUUGUAAUGAGUAGGCACUUAUCUCCUAAAGAAUAAAAGUUAUUGCAAAUAAUGUG